AUGACCUCCACUCGGAACAAGUUCCUCCUGGCGCUUGUGGCCCUCGUGCUGCUCGCCACCUACGCUGCUGCGGUGAAGGGCGACUGCACUGUCGAGAACUGCGCGACGUGCCUUGAAGAGGACGCCACCAAGUGCGCGGAGUGCAAACCUGGCUACAAGCGAACCGACGCAGGCCAGUGCGAGGCGAUCUCCUGCGAUGUCCCGAACUGCGCGAUGUGCCUUGAAGAGGACGCCACCCAGUGCAAGGACUGCAACGCCGGCUACAAGGUGACCGACGCAGGCACGUGCGAGGCGGCAUCGGACGCCGCUGCGGCCCCGCACUCUGGCGUUGCCGCGGUGGCAGCACUGGCGGCUGCUGUGGUGGCCUACGCGCUGUGA